CAAAAAAAAGUUGCCCCUUUAUCGCCCAACUGCAAAAAGAAAGUUGUUGCUGUCUGACUCCUUGAUCAUAAAUUUUUUCCCUCUUUCCUGUGGCGAUCCCUUCUUGAAAACACUUCAGUGUGCUUUUCUGGAUUCAUAUUCUGAUAUCUUCCCGGGAUAUUUGAACCUCGCAUUCGUGUCACCACGUCCUGCAUAUCAGGGGGAUACAUUGACUUGUCCAUCUCCCAACUUUCUGUGCUCCACUUCUCUUUGACACCCAUCUCUGGUCUUUGAUCAUUGAUCGUUGAUCAUAUUUGCCUAUCAUGGACUCGCUCACGACUCACCCGUCGAAUGCGCAGCAGGCUCGUGCCUUCACUUCGCCUUCCUCGCUGUCCUUUCCCGGUGGCGCUGCUGAUUUGACCCCUCCCUCUUCUGAGAAAGAGAUUCAGGGUGUCAACGGCAUGAUGAACGGCCAAGCUGGAGGAAUUGCCAACAACGGCAACGGGGUGAUGCCCGCUACUCCAGCCACUCCGGUCGCGACCCCGGGGGCUACUACCGGAAGCAGUGGUAUCGUUCCUACUUUGCAAAACAUCGUGGCUACUGUCAACCUUGACUGCCGUCUGGAUCUCAAGACCAUCGCGUUGCACGCUCGCAACGCCGAGUACAACCCUAAGCGUUUCGCCGCCGUCAUCAUGCGUAUCCGUGAGCCCAAGACUACUGCACUGAUCUUCGCCUCUGGCAAGAUGGUUGUGACUGGUGCCAAAUCUGAAGAUGAUUCCAAGCUGGCGUCGCGCAAGUAUGCGCGUAUUAUCCAGAAGCUCGGUUUCAACGCCAAGUUUACCGACUUCAAGAUCCAAAAUAUCGUCGGCUCCUGCGACAUCAAGUUCCCCAUCCGUCUGGAGGGUCUGGCCUCUCGUCACCACAAUUUCUCUUCCUAUGAACCUGAACUUUUCCCUGGUCUGAUUUACCGCAUGAUGAAGCCCAAGAUUGUACUUUUGAUCUUCGUCAGUGGCAAGAUCGUCCUGACUGGUGCCAAAGUGCGCGAGGAAAUUUACCAGGCUUUCGAGAUGAUCUAUCCUGUGCUUUCUGACUUCCGCAAGGUCUAAGCAGAUCGAUUCCACCAGGAAGAUCAACACCCUCUUGUUUUCAACGCUGUAUUAACAUCUUCUCUUAUCUUUUUUUCGUUUAUGGGUGAUUGAUCGGCUGUGGCCGUCAAGCCCGUCUUAUCGUUCCCGUACCCUCUUCUUUCACGAUUCUUUACGCAAGCAUUGUUGGGCGUUUUAGCGGUUUGGAUUGUUCCCCAGUCCUUGUUUUUGCUUUUCAUCUCUUCGACCGUUUACACUUAGAGAUUGCUGCACACCGCAGUGAGGCGGUUCUGUGCGCUGGUCGAAUGGCUGCCUCUUAAUCAUGUUACGUCCUGGUCAUCCCCGUUGGUGAGGCAACUUGUCACGGGCCCAAAAAAAAAUUAUGGUGAGCUUAGAUUCCGUCGCGAGUCUGCCAGCAGCGAGACUGGAUUGGCUUUGGCCGUUUCCGAUAUCCAAAAUGGAAAUUCAUAA